AUGCAGCUUGUACUAUACACGACAAUGUUGCUCUGGCAAUUCCCACUUCGACUAAUCCCCCAAACCUCCCAAACCUCCCAAACCCCCCAAGCCCCCCACCUCUCCCAAAGAAACGGGUGGAAGCCCCUGCGGGGGUAUGUGGAACAUUAUUUUGCAGAGCACAAAGAUAAAAUUAUGGCCAAAUGGAAUAUACCAAAGGGGACCACACGAUAG